AUGGCUGAUCACGCUUACGUGGAGCACUUGACGCCGCUGGACCUGCCUAUGCCCAGGACCUACAUUCGGGUUCUUCUCGUUUUCCCAACGGCGAAUUCCAGCCCCCAAAUCACGCAGGAGCUACAACACGGCCUCGAGAGGCUUUCUAAACAAGUACCCUGGGUCACCGGACAUGUCUUUCAUACUACUCCAACCAACCAGAAAGCGUCUCUUGAAAUCCGAUAUCAUGCAGCCAAGACACCGACCCUAGAGGAUAAAGGCCAGAUAACGGCCUCAUACGCCAAUCUCUCUUCACAAGAUAUGCCCAUGGAAGCCAUCCCACCUGACGUGUGGCCAAAACUCCCAUGCCUGCUCGGUAACAUCCCUUCCGAGACAGGGGACCGCGUUUUCGCUGCCAGCUUCUUCCGCUUCGCAGAUCAUGGGGCCGGAUUAUGCAUCUGCUUGCAACACAAUGCUGUCGAUGUAACUGGAACACUCUACACAACCACCCGUCCUACCAAAACGUUUUCGCCAUGCACGUCCAAAGCAUUCAAGAUCCCAAUUCGCUGGAUCAACGUGCUCAAAGAACUCCUCCAGAAAUAUACACAACGUCGAUUGACCACCAACGUUAUCCUCUGCGCGCUUAUAUGGACAUCAGUGACUCGUGUGCGAACUCAACGCAACCCCGCUUUCAAAGGUCAAAAAAGUCGCUUAGUGACUGCUGUUAACGGCCGAUCGCGUAUUACGGGGAACUUAACCUUUGUGCCUGGGGAUCAACAGUACUUGGGAAACGUUGUGCUCUACGCCAUGGCAAGCUUCCCAUCUGCUAAUCUCGCCACGGCCGAUGAGGACCCAACACGCUCAUUGGCCAAGAUAUGCGACUGUAUCUCAGAUUCGCAGUCAUCCUCAACGAUCAACUCGCGCCAUAUUGCUGAAACCUACCGGCUUGUGGAUUCCAUGGAAGAUUAUAGGUCUCUUCAUGCGGCUUGGGACUUGUUCGGGUCUCGUGAUUUUACUAUUACAAGUUGGGCAGAUUUGGAUCUAUAUAAUUUGGAUUUUGGGCCUUUGCUUGGGAGGCCAGAGUUUGUUAGACUACCUUACAUUGAGGCGGAUGGUGUGGCUAUUAUUCUACCCCGUCGGAGGACGGGAUCUGAUGAAAUACUCGAAGUGAUGGUUAUGCUGCGGUGUGAUGAUAUGGAGUCCUUGGAAGGAGAUGGUAUGUGGCAGACGCUAGUUGGUAGUGGUAGGAGUUUCGAUGCUUGA